GGAAAAUGAAGCGAUGCUGUGUUUGUGUGGUUUAGUUGUACUACGAAGUAAUGUAACCGAAUUUCAAAUAAAAUAAAGUUAUUGAAUGCUGUUUGAUAAAAGUGUAAAAACAUGUUCUAUUUAUUUUAGACAAAACCAGUUUCACCUUUUCAGAUACACUCACAAUAAGUUAGCUGUUCACGAUGGAAACCAAUUAUCCCAUGUUGAUUUUGACGUUACUGCUUGCGUCUUCGUCGCUUACCAACGCCAACUACCACAACAUAACCCUUCACAACUUGACCCACGUGACUGAUGGGUCAUUCUUCGAUCCAACGGUUCUGAAGCUGCGAAACCAAUUGCUUUACAUAUCGUACCCCAAGGUCAACGCGGAUUACAGGAUAAAGCUUGAAUCUACGGCAAUCAACGGCACUUGCGAGAUCACGAUACCGGUGCCACGGAAACGCGAAUUACUUUCGCCUAGAGCAACUAUUCUGGGCAAUGAGAAACUCGUCGUUGCUUUCGUCGAAGCCGCUGAGGAAGGUCUCAGACCAUUCAUAAGGUUCCACAUUCUGGAUCCUCUAAAAGGCUGUUCUCCUUACACCAACUUCUCUGUGGUCUUCGAUGAUGCGAUACUCUGGUCGUAUGAUCCGUUUACCUUGAUUGCGUAUCAAGACACCUUUGACGUAUUCGCCAAGAGCUUUAUGCACUGCCAACCAAAAGGUGGUCUCUGCAUAAUCAGAUACAACGACAAAGGCGACACUCUGGGCAGCCUAAACUUGAACUUCACCACCGACAACAGCAACGUCGACCUCAUCAAGGUUCAUCCUCUGCAAGAAUUGUCCUCCACCGAGGGUUACCUCGUUGUAUCCAAGCAAACCUCCAAUCUCACGAUCGUUGACCGUAACCUCAAAGUCUUACGACACCUUACCUUACACGGAUUCAUUACCGCGCACUCGGUGCUAAACGGCGUCAUAAGCGUCUGCUACCACGUAGAGGAUGUCGAGCCUCAUGGCCAGUGUCUGAAGCUGGACUCGAGACUCAAAACUGUGGCCAACGUCUCGCUCAGCAACUCCCACUACUUCGUCAGUAAAAGGCUGUACAACCUUGCCGAUGGUAGCUCCCUCUUCGUCUCAGUGUCGAGAAGCAAGGUUAGGACGCUCGUGAGGAGGCUCAGUGUUGAUGGGAGGAUCAGUCUACCAGAACUGUAUCUUUACCAGUGCGACACCUUCGUCACCGAUACACAGGAUCGGUUCAUCGAACUCAAGGGAGGCGAUUACUGCUUCAGCUUCGUCUGUAAGUUCAACAUGAUCACGCAUUGUGUCAAGUCCACUGAAGCGACGAAAUUAUUAACUUAUCACAACUGAUUGUAACGCUAUUGUUAAAUAUCGUCAUUAGUCCUACUCUUAUAAAAUCAAUUCAUUCCCUCAUUAAACUUAGCAUAACUGAAUAAAUCCGAAUAAACAAUCAAAAG